CAGGGCCAAAUGUCAGAAGUGUUUCGUUUGCUUAGCUUGCGAUAUCAUGGCAGCCAUGAUCAUUUGUGUCCCUAGAUAGAUUCUUUUUCAUCUAUGUUUGUGUCUAGAUCGCCACAGUGAAUAGGUGUUUUAACAGGCUGUUUUUGCAUUUUAUUCCACUGAAUCUUUUAGGAAAUGGAAACCAGAGGUAAAAAAAUAUUAAGAAUGCUGCAAGCGGAUAAUAGAGAUGUAAGCAAUCGUUUAUUAAAUCUGCCUAAGUAUGAAACGACAAAAUGUCUGGAAAAGGAAAAUAGGGAGAUGGCAAUUAAAAAUUUUCAAGAUGCAUCGAUAUCUUCAUCUACUGAUAAAUCCCAGAACACUAUUAGUCCAGAAAUUCUACCCAUACCAACAAUACAAAUUAAUUCAGAACAACUCGCAAAUUUACAAAAUGCUAGAGCUAUAAAUAUAGAAGAUGAAGAAGAAUUAUUAUCAGAACCCGAACCUUUUGGUUCUGGCGGCUCCGAAUCUGAAUACUUACCUAGUGGUGAAUCCCGCAGCAGUUCGAUAGUGCCAGACACUCCUGAAAAUACGCUAUUAAGUGAUACAGAACAGGAUGAAGUUUCACGAAGUCUACCCGUUGGUUAUUAUGAAAACUUUUCUUCAAUGGAAGCCGACGAGGAAACCGACAAGCUUUCCUCCGGUGUAACUAGUUCCAAUAAUAAAACUAAGUCAAAAGACCUAAUAAAAAUUAACUGUGCCAAUAAAACCUCAAGUGGUAAAAGAAUUCGGAAUAAAGACCACAGUUGUUAUUUUUGUCACAAGUUGCUUCGUAAUUUAGCUAGACAUUUUGAAAGGGCCCAUUCUAAUGAAACGGAAGUUGCCAGAAUAUUGAGCAUGCCGAAAAAUUCCAAAAGACGACGAGAAGCCUUUAAUGCUCUGACGCGUAAUGGUGAUUUUUAUCAUAAUUGUGACGUACUUUUACUACAAAAAGGAGAACUUAUUUUAACUCGCAGACCAACUGAACAAGAAAGAAAGUUUCUAAAAUAUUCUGAUUAUGGUCCAUGUCCUGAAUGUCUAGGUUUUAUGAUUAAAAGACAUCUAUGGCACCAUCUUAAAUACUCAUGCGUUUGCAUGAGAGACAAAAAUAUUUUGACUUCUGAAAAAUCAACACGACUACCAGCUGCUGAGAGUGCCUCUUUACUAAAUGGAAUUUAUGGUCACAACAUGACAGAAGAUUUUCGUUGUAAUAUUUUAAACAAAUUGCGAAAUGAUGAGAUAUCUGAAAUAUGUCGCAGAGAUGAUCUUAUUUUACGAUUUGGAGCAUUUCUUUAUGAAAAAUAUAGCAGCACUCAAGCAGAACUUAUUAGACAAUCUAUGCGACAACUUGGAAGGUUAACAAUAGAGCUCGCUAAGAAAAAUACCGAAGUGCACAAGUUAAUUGACGCUCUUAUCCCUGAAAAGUUUGAUGCUGUUGUCUUAGCGACAAAGUCCCUUUGUGUAACAUCGAACGAAACAGCGAAAAGGACUGAAUUCGGAGUUCCGUCUUUAGCACUAAAAAUUGGGUAUUCUAUUAGAAAGUGCAUUGGGAUUGAAAGAGGUUUAUGUUUGCGAAGGGGUGACCUAAAAAGAAAUGAAAUAUUGUUGGGUUUCUUGUCAAUUUUGGAUUUGGAGUGGAGUGUUAGAAUUUCCUCGAACGCGUUAGCUACUUUGCAGUCUAGAAAGCUCAAUUCCGUUGAUUUACUUCCAGUUACUGGCGAUUUAAUCAAAUUAAGCAAAUUUUUAGAAUUCAUGAUCCAAGAAACAAAGAAUGACAUGGAAAGAGAAAAGGGUUUUCAAAACUGGAAUAAACUAGCAUCACUUACCUUAAGUCGUAUAAUUCUUUUCAAUAAAAGACGUUCAGGAGAAGCUGCAAGGAUGAAAAUUGAACAAUACACGAAGAGACCAGCAUGGAAAAAUCAAGGUGUAGCAGAAAUGAAAGAAUCUUUGACGGAAUUUGAAACUAAGUUAGCAAAUGCUCUAACGGUAGUAGAAAUAAUAGGAAAGCGAGGAAGGAAAGUACCAGUAUUGCUUACUAAAGAAAUGAAAGAAUCUGUCGAUUUUCUACUUGCAACUCGCACAGCAGUGGGGGUGCCCGAGGAAAAUCCUUUUGUGUUUGCACGGCUAGGUGAUUUAAAUUCGUAUAUGAGAGGCCACGAUUGCAUUAAAAAAUGGUGUUCUGAAGCAAACUUGGAGUCGCCAGAAACAAUAACAAGUACAAAGUUACGAAAAUACGUAGCUACCGUUUGCCAAGUCUUUAAUCUUAAGGAAAACGAGUGUGACUGGCUUGCGCGACAUCUGGGCCACGAUAUAAGGGUCCAUCGUGAAUUUUAUCGCCUCCAUGAAAAUACAGUUGAGCUAACCAAAGUUAGCAGGUUGCUUCUGGCAGUGGACCAAGGGAAAGCACAUACAUUUGCUGGAAAAUCUUUGGAGGAUAUUGAAGUAAAAGAUUUACCACCCAUAGAAGAGGAUCCUCCUGAUCAAAAUGACGACGAAGCUAGUGAUGGAGAAGAUGGAGAAAUUCAAAGAGACAGUGCUGAGGUUUCAGAUCGCAUUACUGCGAAGGAAGCGGAAGAAUUAACAUCUGAACCAUUUAUUGAAAGAAAGAAACAAAAAUCGAGAAAUAGUAAACCGAAAAGGACGAAGAGAGAAGCGGCUUUAGGAAGAGUUUCGUGGAUUAAUUCAGAAAAGGAAGUGUUGUUGAAGGAAUUUAAAAUAGAAAUAAAAAACGAAAUCGUACCCGGAAAGGAUAAGUGUACGAAAAUUAAAGAGAAGCAUAACGAUAUACUUAGCCGCAGAUCAUGGACCGAUAUUAAAUUUUUUAUUAAAAAUGUUAUAACUAAAAAUAAGACCAAGAAAAAGUAGUUACUGAGCACAGUAUUAUUAUAUUAUAUUACACAGUAUUAUAUAUUAUAUUAUUAUACCUGCAACAGAAAACUGUUAAAAACGGUUUUAUUACUCGGUUUUCAGGGAACCAAACUUAAAGUAAAUUAUAAAACAAAUGCACUAAUCGUUAAAAUAUUUAGUAAAGAGGUUUUUUUGAAUUGUGUAUGUGCGAUUAUACAAUGCUUUCCAAAAGUAAUGGAUAACUUCGACAACACUGACUGCUAUGAAAAAUAUUUCGAAAAAAUGUUCGGAUACGCCGAUUUUUAUUUCUAAUUUAAUUUAAAAAUUAUAUUUUCAAACCCAACCUCUCGAAUAAUAAGCGCUAAAAACCCCAAUGCAAUUUAAUUUUUAAAGUUAAUGUGUCUGACUCGGUGUCUGAGCAUUUCAUCUAAAUAUUUUUCACAACAAUUUUAUCGAAUUUAUCUAUUAAUACAGUUG